GAGACAGGAGACUAAGAGACAAUGCGCCGAGUGAGGAGCCCAGAAACCCGAGUUCCGGAAAGCUGCGCAGAAUGCAAGCGGCCAAAUGGUGGAGAAUCUGGCCGGACCCCGCAACUCAGCCUGGACCAGUUUCCCUCCUCCACCCACCCCCGAAUCUUCAGAGUCCUGUAUUAGGGGGGAGGGCACUGCCCCCGCACCAUGUUCUUGGCAGAGCAGGGCUCCAGCGUGACAUGGCUGAAGCGCACCAGGCCGUGGGCUUCCGACCCUCGCUGACCUCGGACGGGGCUGAAGUGGAACUCAGUGCCCCUGUGCUGCAGGAGAUCUACCUCUCUGGCCUGCGCUCCUGGAAAAGGCAUCUCUCACGUUUCUGGAAUGACUUUCUCACCGGUGUGUUUCCUGCCAGCCCCCUCAGUUGGCUUUUCCUCUUCAGUGCCAUCCAGCUUGCCUGGUUCCUCCAGCUGGAUCCUUCCUUAGGACUGAUGGAGAAGAUCAAAGAGUUGCUGCCCGACUGGGGCGGACAGCACCACGGGCUCCGGGGGAUCCUGGCAGCUGCGCUGUUUGCCUCCUGUUUGUGGGGAGCCCUGAUCUUCACACUGCACGUGGCCCUGAGGCUGCUUCUGUCCUACCAUGGCUGGCUUCUUGAGCCCCACGGAGCCAUGUCCUCCCCCACCAAGACCUGGCUGGCCCUGGUCCGCAUCUUCUCCGGCCGCCACCCGAUGCUGUUCAGUUACCAGCGCUCCCUGCCGCGCCAGCCCGUGCCCUCUGUGCAGGACACCGUGCGCAAGUACCUGGAGUCGGUCCGGCCCGUCCUCUCUGACCAGGACUUCGACUGGACCGCGGUCCUGGCGCAGGAAUUCCUGAGGCUGCAGGCGUCGCUGCUGCAGUGGUACCUGAGGCUCAAGUCCUGGUGGGCGUCCAAUUAUGUCAGUGACUGGUGGGAGGAAUUUGUGUACCUGCGCUCCCGAAAUCCGCUAAUGGUGAACAGCAACUAUUACAUGAUGGACUUCCUGUAUGUCACACCCACGCCUCUGCAGGCAGCUCGCGCUGGGAAUGCCGUCCACGCCCUCCUCCUGUACCGCCACCGCCUGAACCGCCAGGAGAUACCCCCGACUUUGCUAAUGGGAAUGCGUCCCUUAUGCUCUGCCCAGUAUGAGAAGAUCUUCAACACCACUCGGAUUCCAGGGAUCCAAAAAGACUACAUCCGCCACCUCCAUGACAGCCAGCAUGUGGCUGUCUUCCACCGGGGCCGAUUCUUCCGCGUGGGGACCCACUCCCGAAACAGCCUGCUUUCCCCGAGGGCCCUGGAGCAGCAGUUUCAGCGAAUCCUGGAUGAUCCCUCACCGGCCUGCCCCCACGAGGAACAUCUGGCUGCUCUGACUGCUGCUCCCAGGGGCACGUGGGCCCAGGUGCGAACGUCCCUGAAGACCCAGGCAGCAGAGGCCCUGGAGGCAGUGGAAGGGGCCGCUUUCUUUGUGUCACUGGAUGCUGAGCCUGCGGGGCUCACCAGGGAGGACCCAGCAGCGUCGUUGGAUGCCUAUGCCCAUGCCCUGCUGGCUGGCCGGGGCCAUGACCGCUGGUUUGACAAAUCCUUCACCCUAAUCGUCUUCUCUAACGGGAAGCUGGGCCUCAGCGUGGAGCACUCCUGGGCCGACUGCCCCAUCUCAGGACACAUGUGGGAGUUCACUCUGGCUACAGAAUGCUUUCAGCUGGGCUACUCAACCGACGGCCACUGCAAGGGGCACCCGGACCCCACACUACCCCAGCCCCAGCGGCUGCAAUGGGACCUUCCAGACCAGAUCCACUCCUCCAUUUCUCUAGCCCUGAGGGGAGCCAAGAUCUUGUCUGAAAAUGUCGACUGCCAUGUCUUUCCAUUCUCCCUAUUUGGCAAGAGCUUCAUCCGACGCUGCCACCUCUCUUCAGACAGCUUCAUCCAGAUCGCCUUGCAACUGGCCCACUUCCGGGACAGGGGUCAAUUCUGCCUGACUUAUGAGUCGGCCAUGACUCGCUUAUUCCUGGAAGGCCGGACGGAGACGGUGCGGUCUUGCACGAGGGAGGCCUGCAACUUUGUGAGGGCCAUGGAGGACAAAGAGAAGACGGACCCACAGUGCCUCACCCUGUUUCGCGUGGCAGUGGACAAGCACCAGGCUCUGCUGAAGGCAGCCAUGAGCGGGCAGGGAGUCGACCGCCACCUCUUUGCGCUUUACGUCGUGUCCCGAUUCCUCCACCUGCAGUCGCCCUUCCUGACCCAGGUCCAUUCGGAGCAGUGGCAGCUGUCCACCAGCCAGAUCCCUGUUCAGCAAAUGCAUCUGUUUGACGUCCACAAUUACCCGGACUAUGUUUCCUCGGGCGGUGGAUUCGGGCCUGCUGAUGACCAUGGUUAUGGUGUCUCUUAUAUCUUCAUGGGGGAUGACAUGAUCACCUUCCACAUCUCCAGCAAAAAAUCAAGCACAAAAACGGAUUCCCACAGGCUGGGGCAGCACAUUGAGGACGCACUGUUGGAUGUGGCCUCCCUGUUCCAGGCGGGACAGCAUUUUAAGCGCCGGUUCAGAGGGUCAGGGAAGGACGACUCUAGGCACAGGUGUGGAUUUCUCUCCCACCAGACUGGGGCCUCUAAGACAUCAAUGACAUCCACCGACUUCUGACUCCCUCCAGCAGGCAGCUGGUCUCUCCGGGGAAUGAGGGUGAAGAUGGCCACAGCUGGCUGACACUGGACAAGGGCAGCCUGUUUGGCCACCCGAUAUCCAGGCUAAUAAACAUGUGUGAGCUGGG